AGUGUGAUUAUUCUUUCCUGUGGUCAGCAUGAAAUCAGUGAUUGAGAGAUAUAACAUUUGCAAGGAAGACCAACAAGUGACAGAUCCAGAAUCUGAAGUCAAGUUUUGGCAAAGGGAGGCAGACAUUUUAAGGCAAGAAUUACAGAAUCUACAAGAAAACCAUCGGCAAUUGAUGGGAGAACAACUUUAUGGUUUGAGUAUCAGAAAUCUACAAGAUCUAGAGAAUCAAUUGGAACUGAGUCUCCAAGGAGUCCGCAUGAAAAAGGAGAAAAUUCUGACAGACGAAAUCCAAGAGCUGAACCGAAAGGGAAACAUAAUCCAUCAGGAAAAUGUGGAACUUUAUAAGAAGGUAAAAAUCUCAUUCAACAAGAAAACACACAACUACACAAAUAGGUCUACGGCACAACUGAUACCACAACAAUUAAACACGCAUUUGUUCAAUUUCCGUAUGGUGUUCGUGGAGGAGGAGAAUAUCCACAGACAUUAUUUCAACUUCAGUUAUGCCAGCCUGAACAAGAACAGUAUUGUGAGACCUCAGGCAGUGCAAGUGCAACAAAAUGAAUGUGUCAAGAGUCAAGACUCUCAAGUCUUAAAAGAAAGACAUAAAUUGACAUUUCUAUGUUAUGCAGCAUACAUAAUAAUCACAUUUUGGUGAA